AUGAUCCGAAAACAGCCGCCUAGAAAGCUGAAGAAGCAAAACAGCCAUAACGGUGUUGAUAAACAUGACAGCAAAGAAGAGAAGGAACCAAACAAAACACCACGACAAAGUGAUGCGCGACAGCAAACUUCAGCGGAGGAUGAUAGAGUUCCGAAAACUCGUCAGUGGACAAACUCUACAAUCGAACCCAUCAUAAAGCAACAAGCCGGCAACCCGGGAUCAUUCUUCCUAUCACGCAAUGUCCACCACACUAUACUACAGCUUCCCGCGCAACUGAACGUUAUAAACAAGGACACAUUGUUUACGCACUUCAAAUCAACGCGUCCCUUUAUAGCUGACCAUGCGAUGCCACUGCAUACCACGCCAGGGUUAGGACCGGCCGUACCAGAUCUGAUGGUACGUGCACUGCACACCAAGCACGCGUAUCACCGAGAACUGGAGGGGCUUGAAAAACGGUACAAAAAUGUCACCUCGAAACAUCCACUCGAUCCGAAUGCUGGGGAGGAAGUGCAGCAUACAGUGGCCGUUGUUUAUGCGGCAAUGCUUGAUCGGGAUCCGGAUCCGUACCUGCAGGUAGGCACCGGUUACGAUUAUCAUUUUACCGGUGGCACGUUGGUAGUAUCGGACGCACAACGAUCUGAUCGGUCUAGAUGUAUCGCGACGCUUUUCAAAGCCAUCGGAGCAACCCUCGAGGAUGUGGAAGUGGUGCGGGUCGAAGUAUCGAAGGAGGAGGAGGAUUUUCAUUGCCAUGGUGAUUUAAAGGUGAGCGAAAGGCAAACAUGCCCUACCGUUAUUGGUGGUCCAAUACUGGAAAUUGUACCGGACGAUGGUGCAAACAACGUGGUGCUUGUAAGAAAACGGAACGCUAUUAUUGUGCUGCGACAGAUGGAAGCCAAAAUCGGGGGAGGAAAGGAAUGGCGGGCAGUACAAAACAUUUUCUCUACAAACCCGUUCGCCAGCGUAUGUUUCGUUACCGGAUCAGUGUCGUCAUGUGGUACGAUCAUACUCUGCACAACGGACUACCAGCGACAGCUUCAGUUGUGGACCGUCAGUGAUGAGGAGGAAAGCUGCGAGGAUAUUGUGAAGCUGCCCAAACUAUCAACCAUUAAUGAGACUGCCAAUGAACACCGCAAUCACGAUAAGUGGUCAGCAGUAAGGUGCGUGGAUCGUGAACAUUACCUUGUGGCAUGUCUGGAUCGUCGAAGUCUUCACUUUUAUAGUAUCAAACAAAAUGAAUCGUUGAGUUCUGUUUCGGACGCCCAGUUGUAUCGACUCGUGCACCGUGGAGCAACGCAUUUUUCCCAGUGGACAUACGAGUGCGAACAAUGUUGCGCAUUGGAGGUAACACCAUCGGAGAGACUUCUUUUCAUAGCCACCUGUCACAAAGUUAUUGUGGGCAGUAUUGAAGCAGAACCAUCGGAACAGGCAGAAAGCUUAACUGUUAAGGUCCUGCUCGUUUUCACUCACAAUCUAAUGCAAAAACCCGUCUUCAUUAGUCACCAGUUGGAUGGGGACGGGCCCGAUAAGGAACACCAUUUUGUGUUGUUCGGUAGCCAUUUACCGAUGAGCUACGGAUUGGCCCAUUUCACCCGAACGGUGAGUGACGCAUCUUCACCGGUAUAUGCAGCCCGGCACUAUCCCUAUCAUCCACCGACGUUCCAUGCCUCGUACAAGCUAGCACAAACCCGUGGCUUCUGUAUAUCCGCCUACGAACCACUGCGAAAGCGAUUCGACGCCUGCCAGUCCGGAGCGGUUUUAAUACGAGGAUUAUUACCAGAAGAUGAAACGCAAGACCGACGGUUACACAUCCUUCUGCAGACUUCGUCCGGAGAUUUGUUACAACAGCGAUUAACGUACAAUUUCGAUCGAGAAGAGGAAACCCCUUCGGAUGAAACUUCCGAUGACAUACGGACGCAAAAGACAGCUACCGUUCUACAACACUGGCACGACAUGCUGGUGAAGCAAGCUGGUCGCCAGCUUCCGUACCGGGCAACUGGCUUCAAAACAAUGUCCAAAUUUCGUGACAUUUUCAACUGUCCUGUGGAUGGGGAUGAACUAAGCCGAAUACUAUUUCUACCACCGGAGCCAAAAAGGAAAAGAAACAGAAGGAAAGUUACGGACAACGGGGAGGAGGAGGAGGAGGAGACGAGCCAAAGCGAAAAAGAAGACGAUUACAGUAACGGUGUGGACGACGAAGGGGAGCUUUCUUCGUGCAGCUUGCAAAUGAAACGUUCCGUGGAAAGAAGGCGCCGAAAGCAUGGUAACAAAGCACCGUUACCAUGGCGACAAACGGUCGAACAGCUGCAACAGUACCGAGAUGUACUUGCACCGGCAAUGCUUGCUGUGUGGGGUAUCGACGUAGCGGCCGUACCGGGUCAGAGUACGAAUCUGGAACAGAUUCCUACCAAGCUACCACCGCUAGCGGACGUAAACGAACGCAUUGGUAGCUGGGUUAAUGGUACUAUUAGUGGAUCCCACGAGCAGCCGGAUGAGAAUGAUAAUGAUUCGGCGGUCGGUUUGGACGUUUGUGCGCCCAACCGAACGAAGAUAGGGACAGAUAGGGACAUGCCAGCGCAAGAAGAAGAGUUCGUGAAUGAUAGGGACAAUCUAUUUUCUCCACCGUUCACCUCAACACAGCAAUCGCAGACUUUAACUGGUUCUCAACUAUCUCAGUCAGCCCGUCGGUUGCCACGGAAAAUGUAUUCCAAAGGAUUCUAA